UUGGAGCAAGUUGUACUGUGAGGGAGAGCGGACAGAGAGGAGGAAGCCACUAUCUGAAAAAUGCAGAGGAAACAAAGAUAGGGACUGUGCUGGACGUCCAGAUAAAACAAAAAAAGGAACUUUUAAAGCUUGUAUAGUGGAUGGUUUUUUAAUGUGAGGACCUGGAAGCCGGAUCAAAAAGGAACAGAGACGAGUAUGUGCAGAAUCUAAGGCAUGGACUCGCUAACCUUUGACCCGCCUGCUCAAAGCAAAAUGGACGGGCUAACUGCUGUCCUUGUCCACGGCUUUAAAUGUCCUCUGCCAUGGCGAAGCGUGAGGCUGGGAGCACCAGUCCUGUGGUGCGGCAGAUAGACAAGCAGUUUCUGGUCUGCAGCAUCUGUCUGGAUCAUUACCGCAACCCCAAGGUGCUGCCCUGUCUACACACCUUCUGUGAAAGUUGCCUGCAGAACUACAUUCCCCCAGAGUCUCUGACGCUCUCGUGUCCGGUGUGCCGGCAGACGUCCAUCCUGCCCGAAAAAGGAGUGUGUGCUCUGCAGAACAACUUCUUCAUCACUAAUCUCAUGGAGGUCCUCCAGCGAGACCCCGAGUGCUCGAGACCAGAAUCCUGCAGCGUCCUGGAGUCGGUCAGUGCCGCCGCUGCAGGGAAACCUCUCUGCUGCCCAAACCACGACGGCAAGGUGAUGGAGUUCUACUGCGAGUCCUGUGAGACUGCCAUGUGUUUGGAGUGCACCGAGGGCGAGCACAGGGAGCACGUGACCGUCCCUCUGCGGGACGUCGUGGAACAGCACAAGGAGGCGCUGAAGACACAGCUGGACGCGAUACACAGCAGGCUCCCUCAGCUCGCGGCAGCCAUCGAGCUGGUGAGCGAGAUCUCGCGCCAGCUCAACGACAGGAAGACCGGGGCGGUCGCGGAGAUCACCGGCACGUUUGAGGAGCUGGAGCGAGCGCUGCAUCAGCGCAAGGCGGCGCUCAUCGCGGACCUGGAGAGCAUCUGCAGCAGCAAGCAGAAGGUGCUGCAGGCCCAGCUGUCGUCUCUGCUGCAGGGGAAGGAGCACAUUGAGAGCAGCUGCAGCUUCACAGAGCAGGCUCUCAGCCACGGCAGUGCCACUGAGGUGCUGCUGGUUCAGAAGCAGAUGAGCGAGCGGGUCACGGCGCUGGCUCGACACGAAUUCCCAGAGAGACCACAUCAGAACGCACACCUGGAUUGUCAGGUGGAGACUGAAGGCCUGCGACGCUCCAUCCAAAACCUGGGCGUCCUCCUCACCACAGCGGCUGUAGCUCACACCUCCGUCGCCACGGGAGAGGGCCUGCGCCACGCAGCGACCGGGCAGCACCACACUGUUACCGUGACAACAAAAGACAAGGACGGGGACCUGGUGCGGACAGGAAAUGCCGUUUUAAAAGCAGAGAUCACGUCUUCUGACGGAAACCGAGCUGCAGAGACUGAGAUAACGGACAAUAAGAACGGCACGUAUGAGGUGGGCUACACGGUGCGCUCUGAGGGAGAGUAUGUGUUCACCCUGCUGCUGUACGGCCAGCCCAUCCGUGGCAGCCCGUUCCGGCUGCGGGCGGUGAAGCCAUCCGAUGUGCCGCAGUCUCCAGAUGACGUGAAGAGGCGGGUGAAGUCCCCCAGUGGGACGGGGGGCCACAUACGGCAGAAAGCAGUGCGACGGCCGUCCAGCAUGUACAGCACCACCAAGAAGAAGGAGAACCCCAUUGAAGAUGAGCUCAUCUACAGAGUGGGUUCCCGGGGCAGAGAGAAAGGGGAGUUCACCAAUCUGCAGGGAAUCUCUGCUUCCAGUAACGGCAGAGUGGUGGUGGCUGACAGCAACAACCAGUGCAUACAGGUUUUCUCCAAUGACGGCCAGUUCAAAAUGCGCUUUGGCGUCAGGGGUCGGUCUCCGGGGCAACUGCAAAGGCCCACGGGUGUCACCGUGGACAUGAACGGUGACAUCGUGGUGGCCGACUACGACAAUCGAUGGGUCAGCAUCUUCUCCUCUGACGGCAAGUUUAAGAAUAAGAUUGGCGCAGGCCGACUCAUGGGGCCUAAAGGAGUCGCCGUGGAUAAGAACGGACACAUCAUCACUGUGGACAACAAGGCCUGCUGCGUCUUCAUCUUCCAGUCCAAUGGGAAGCUCGUGACUAAGUUCGGGGGCCGAGGGACGGCGGACAGACAGUUUGCAGACAAACUUGGCCCAAACUUAAAUAAAUCUGGCUCGGUUUUCAGUCCUCAUUUUGUUGCAGUCAACAACAAAAAUGAAAUAAUUGUGACUGAUUUUCACAAUCACUCUGUGAAGGUGUACAGUGCAGAUGGAGAGUUCUUGUUCAAAUUUGGUUCUCAUGGUGAAGGCAACGGGCAGUUCAACGCUCCCACUGGUGUGGCAGUAGAUGCCAAUGGAAACAUCAUCGUUGCUGAUUGGGGAAACAGCCGAAUACAGGUGUUUGACAGCACCGGCUCCUUCUUAUCCUACAUCAACACGUCAGCGGACCCUCUGUACGGCCCACAGGGCCUCGCCCUCACCUCGGACGGACACGUGGCCGUCGCCGACUCCGGCAAUCACUGCUUUAAGGUUUACAGAUAUCUGCAGUAGAGCCAAAAGGGGAAGACAUCGCUGAACACCAACCCGUGUCCGGACGACGUAAUGUCACGCAGAGCUGCAAUUUCACACAUUCAUUGUCUGUGCAUACUGAAUACAACAUGUCAUAUUCAGAGCUGAAUUCAAAGAAAUAUAAGAAAAAUAAUCUUAAUGAGAAAAAAAACCCCAAAGACACAAGCCAGCUGUGCCAAAAUUCAUAAGCAAACAACCUGUAAUUUGAUAUUUUCCAAUCCAAUCCCUCAGAUUAGAUUAUCAGUGAAACUGUCGUGCUGUUAACCAAACGACAAAUGCCAAUCAAAAGAGUCUCACAGUCAAACGUUUUGUUGAUACACAGCAGCCAAACCAGCAACUUACAAUCAAUGAGCCAAAGACGCAGAAGAAAAACU